AUGGCCAACAACAAUGGGGACCGGGACAUCACCAUUGCCCAUGAUCUCCAGCCAUGGUUCCCACCACAAGCAACGGCCGCCAAUCCUCCCACCUCCCCAUGGAACCCUUUCUGUGGGCCGAAGAAGGGAGAUUCCUUCUUGGACGCUUCCACGGAUGAGACAGUAGCGUACCUCAACUCCUUACUGACCACCGCCGACGCCGAGCCUUCUUCGCAGCCAUCUGCGGAGCACGAUGAGGAGGAGCCGCCGAAGAGGGAGGCAAGAAGACAGCGUCGUCCCGGUUUGGCCUCCGGGGGAAGCGAAGACGACGAGGAACAAAGGCCUGGCAAGCGGCACCACUCUAAGAACCUCGUGGCCGAGAGGAAGAGGCGGCAGAGGAUCCGGGAUCGGCUCCAUGCCCUGCGGUCCAUGGUUCCAAAGAUCACCAAGAUGGACAAAGCCUCGAUACUGGGAGACGCCAUCGAGUACGUGAAGGAGUUACAGAACCAAGUGAGAGAUCUGCAGGACGAGCUGGAGAAGAACGAGGAGGACGAAGGCAACGUUCCAGUUCCUAAUGGGAUGAUCAACCGAGGCAAGGAGCCAAUGAGCGACGAGGACGACGACGAGCAGCAGCAAAUGGAGCCUCAGGUGGAGGUGAAGCAGCUGACAGCCAACGAGCUCUUUUUGAUGGUGCUGUGUGAGCACAGGCAAGGAGGGUUUGCAAGGUUGAUGGAGGCCAUGAACGCACUAAGCCUGGAAGUAACCAAUGCCAGUGUCACCACAUCGAGAACAGUGGUACUCAACGUCUUCAGAGUUGAGAAAGGGAAUAAUAACUUGGUGGUGCGAGCAGAAGAGGUGAGGGACAUGUUGCUCGAAACGGCGCGAGGCCGCAAGGAGGGCCAAUUGCAGAUCUAGACUGCACAAGUGACAGCGGAUGGGGGUGAACAGUACCAUCAUCAGCAGCAGCAGCAGCACGGCCACCGCCAUGGCAGCGAUAGCAGAUGUCGCCAUCCCCCACCGCCACCACCAACUUGGCUUUGACCUCCACCUUCUUCGUGGAAGAUGAUGAAGAUUAAGCUUUUGUUUUGACUCAAUUUUGUUCCUAAG